GAGACGCUCCUCGGCCCCACAUAUAAAGGUUGCUGAGAUUGACAGCACUCCAAUUUCACCACUCAGAAGCAUAGCAAACUGUUAGCUGACCAUGUCAUCUCUUAGGCCGCUAUUCGUCGUCGCCGGUAUCGGUAAUGGCACGGGUACUGGUGCCGCUGCGGCUCGUCUCUUUGCUCGAAAAGGCUAUAAAGUCGCGUUGAUAUCUCGUGGACCGGAGUCGUUGAACAAGCUUGCGGCGGAACUCAGCCAACAUGGCGAGGCUGCUGGCUUCCCUAUUCAAGACUAUUCCCCUGAUUCAAUCCGCUCAGCCUUCGCAGCCAUACGAACACAUUUCCCUUCCUCUUCCUCGCCGCUUCGGGCUGCUCUCUUUAAUGUGGGCUAUGGAAUUUGGAAGCCUUUCUUGGAGAUCACCGACGAGGAACUUCAUAAAUCCCUCGAUAUUAAUGUUGCCGCAGCAUUUGCAUUUUCUCGCGAGGUCAUCACCGAGUUCUUGAAACUCGGAUUUGAGGACCCAAGCGAAGGAGGGCAAGGCGGUUCAAGAAAACGGGGAACCCUGCUUUUCACGGGUGCAACUGCGGGCGUUCGCGGAAACGUCACUACCAGCGCGUUCGCCGCAGGAAAACAUGGCCUCAGAGGCCUUGUGCAGAGCUUGGCCAAAGAGUUUGGAAAGCAAAAUAUUCAUGUCGCGCAUACCGUCAUCGAUGGAGUUAUCUUGACCGAUCGCACCAAGACCGCAUUUAGCGAUCCUGACCGGGAGGCGAAUCUGGACGGUCGUCUUGACCCCGAUGCCAUCGCGAAGACCUACCUCGGUUUAGUCCAGCAAGACAGCUCUGCGUUGACGUGGGAGAUAGACCGUGAGUUUUGUUUCUAAGCUCAAGUCACGGUCGUGUGCUGACCACAAGUACACAAGUACGUCCGGCGCA